CCAUAUUCCUCUUCCUCUCUCCAAUAAUAACAUCAACUAAGUAACUUAGCCCACAAGAAAAGUUCAAGAAAAAAUGGCAACCAAAAUCACAUUUCCUACAAUCCAAAUACUGAUAUUAUCCAUUUUCAUCCAUUCAUCCUUUGCUGCAAAAAAAGGAGGAGGAGGAGGAGGAGCAGUUCCGGUGUACAAUGUGCAAAGUUUCGGGGCGAAAGCCAACGGCAAAAGUGAUUCCACCCACGCUUUCCUCAGCGCGUGGGCGGCCGCUUGUGCUUCCGUCCAGCCGGCAACGAUUUAUGUUCCUCCCGGGCGGUAUUUGAUCGGUGCCGCGGCGUUCUGGGGAACAACUUGCAAGAACAGCGGCAUAACUUUGCGCAUCGACGGAACCCUAGUGGCCCCGUCGGAUUACAAUGUACUUGGCCGGUCCGGGAGCUGGAUCAAGUUUGAGAGGACGGACGGACUUACAAUACUUGGAGGAACCCUGGAUGGUCAAGGUGCAAGUCUUUGGGCUUGUAAGAACCAUGGAAGAAAUUGCCCCAAAGGGACACAGUCACUGGGAGUUUACAAUUCGAACAAUGUGAUGGUGAAUGGAUUAACUUCACUAGACCCUCAAUUUUUCCACAUUAUAAUUGAUGGGUGUCACAACAUCAAGCUACUGGGAAUGACAAUUUCAGCAGCAGCUGAUAGCCCAAACACAGAUGGAAUCCAUGUCCAAUCAUCAUCUGGAGUUACUAUAAAAAAUGCCCAAAUUAGAACUGGAGAUGACUGUAUUUCUCUGGGCCCAGGAUCCACUAAUGUUUGGGCUGAAAACAUUGGCUGCGGCCCCGGCCAUGGAAUAAGCAUUGGGAGUUUGGGGUCAAAUUUGAACGAACCAGGAGUCCAGAACGUGACGGUUAAAUCAGUUACAUUUACCGGAACAGAAAAUGGUGUGAGGAUAAAAACAUGGGCUAAACAGAGCAACGGAUUCGUCAGAGGAGUACUAUUCCAACAUGCCACAAUGAAUAACGUCCAAAAUCCAAUCAUCAUUGAUCAAAACUACUGCCCCAACGGGGACGGAAAAUGUUCCGGUCAAUCAUCGGGAGUAAAAAUCAGUGGGGUGACGUACCAAGAUAUUCACGGAACGUCGGCAACACAAGUGGCAGUGAAUUUUGACUGCAGUAAAAAGUACCCAUGCAGUGGAAUUACUCUUCAAGAUGUGCAUCUUUCUUACCAAAAUCGUCCUGCCACAUCUUCGUGUUCCAAUGCCGGUGGAUCGUCAGCUGGUUUAGUGGAUCCCAGAAGUUGCUUAUAAAUGAAGAUGAUAAGAUGCAAUUCUAACUAAUCAACACUAUAUAUCAAAAUACGUGAACUUUAUAUUUAAUUGUUGCUCUACAAGAUAUAGUGAUUAUGUUAUAUUGUCUAAGAGAAGUAUAAUAUUGUUUAAAAAAAAAAAAGGAGGGAAAAAAAAUAGAUUCUUGCUUGAGCCUGUGGCUUGGAUGAUGGCUGUUUUGGCGGAGCCUGGCCUUGCGACGAACAUUAUGUCAUUAAGUAUUUUCAUUAAUAUCUAUAUUUAUAUAGUAAAAUUAAUGAGCUUUCUGAGUAGAUGUUUUCUCAUGUUUUUAGUAAUUUCUAUUAACAUUGCAGCGCUCCUUUUAAUUUUUACUCGCUGAUUGUGUUAACGAGGAAACUAUAUAUUGG